UCCAAACAACUCAUCGGGUAUCAAACACUCUUCACAACAUAUAAACAAGACCGGCUUUUCUGUACAGAUACCAGGGACCUCAACGGCCAGGUGGACUCAGGCUACAUCUCAACAGGCGCAUUCUCCAACCAAGCCCACUGGACGGUGACCCUUCCCUGGUCAAGAUCCGCAAGCUGGGAGAAGACGCUCGUCGUGGUGUCGAUAUCCGUCGCCUUGCACCCCACGCAGCGAUCGACGACCGUGACGUCGACGCUCUUCCCGUCACGGCGCAGGCGAAUCUUCAGCCCGCAGAGCGGGUUCGCGUUCGGAUCGGAGCCGCGCGACGCGGCAUCGAAGAUGAUGUGCGAUACCGCGCAGAUGGCGUCUGAGUCGGUGCUGGUGAUGCCGCAGGCUCCGAGGGCCGGGGUGUAG